AUGCGCGGGCGCAAGCAGCGCCAGCGAACCCACCCACGCCAACUGAUGAUACGAGCACGAGCAGCGGCGUUCUUUGACGACGACGAAAAUGAUGGGGCACCGGCGCCUACGUGGAUCAUGGGUAUUCCCUAUACAGAGCUGCGUGAGGAGGAGAGGCGUCUGGACGUGUUUUCGACCAUGUGGAUAACCUACCGUAGCGGGUUUCCGAAGAUGGAGCCCUACGGCUACACCGAUGACUCCGGCUGGGGCUGCAUGCUCCGGAGCGCGCAGAUGCUCAUGACCCAGGCGUUGCAGCGCCACACCCUCGGCAGGUCUUGGCGUGUCCCGCGCACUUUGGAAGAGCGCCUGCGUGUGCCAGAGUACCGCACGCUCGUCCGUCUCUUCGCCGACCAUCCAGGCGAGGCAAAUCUGUUUUCGAUACACAACAUGUGCCAGGUUGGCAUCCGGUACGACAAGCUACCUGGAGAGUGGUACGGGCCGACAACUGCGGCUUGCGUUCUCCGCGACAUCUCCGAAAUCUACGCCGAGCGGUUAUCGCCGCCCGCCUCGCCGCCCGAACCACCAUUGUCGUCUACCGGACGAUUACGACCAGCGGAGGUUUCGGCGGCACCAGAUGAGCCUGCAGCCGCGGGGGACGCAUGUAGAGGGGAAGCAACUUCGGACACGUCACUAGAGGGAGGCGAGAACGUCGUAGAGGGGGGUUCAGAACGAGAAAGUGGUGCUUCGCCGGCUGCAAACGGGGGAGCUAGCGGUUGCGGCGGCGGAGACAGCGACGCUUGUGGCAGUCCCAGCGGGGGCAACGGCGACGGGGCGGUGUUUCCGUCGUCGCGACCCCUCCGGGUUUUUGUCUCCCAGGGGGACGUCGUGUACAUCGACGAGGUGGAGGCGGUGGCGAUUCGAGGGGCCAGCGACACAGCAACAACGGCGACGACGGCGAAUGGUCACGGCGCCGUCAGCGGCGGCGAGCACCGCGAGGAGGCCAACGGCUCGGCAACAACAGGGGACGGGUCGAGCUCAGCACGGUCGGACGCCGCCGCGGACUCGACCGAUAGCCCCGCUCCCGCGUUCUUCGACCCCUUGCUGAAUCCAGGGAGCGGCGAGGGGGAGAACCCGCUGGAGAAGGCCUGGUCGAGCGCUGUGGUGCUGCUGGUGCCGUUGAGGCUGGGGCUGGACGAGCUCAGCACGGGUUACAUACCAAGUCUGCUGGAAACGCUUCGGGUGCCGCAGUCCCUGGGCUUCCUUGGCGGCAGACCGAACCACGCGAUUUUCUUCAUCGGCGCGCAAGGAAACACGUUGACGGGGUUGGACCCUCACACCACGCAGCCCGCGGCCGACAUGGGCGAAGGUUUCCCCUCGGAGCGAUACGUGCACUCGCUGCACUGCCAGUCGGCUGUUUCGAUGGACGUGCACCGCAUCGACCCUUCCCUGGCGCUGGCGUUCUAUCUGCCGGACCGGGCCACCUUCGAAGACCUCAUAAAAAGAAUCGGAGAGACAAACCCGCCUCCUUUCUCGGUGGAGCAAACGCGGCCAGACUACGAGGGGGAGAUGGGGCUGGCCUUCAUGAUCAACCAGAGGGAUGACGACGGGACAACGGACGACGACGAUGACGAGUACGUCUUCGUAAAGGGUCCCGAGCGAUGACAUCAUUCUGGGCGG